AUGUCACGUCUCCUCCCAUCUAAAUUCCUCUCCGCCCUCUCCGCCCUCCCCGCCCGCCGCUCCUUCACCUCCGCCCACUCCACCCGCCUUCCCGCCUUCGCUACGGGUCCGUCCCCACCGCGUCUCCCGCCCCAGGAACAGGAAGAAUUCGAGCGUCUUCAGAAGUCCUCCACCGGCGCCUUCAGCACUCCGCGAACGCUCAACCCGGAUGCAAGCCCAAACCCAACGGCGGACCCCUCCUCCUCCUCCUCGCCACGCACCACCCGCCCGCAGAUCAAUCAAUCGCCCGCAUCCGAGCCGGAUGAUAUCGAAGUGGCAGCCAUCAAUGCGCGGGUGGCGGCGACGGGCAAGGGGGAAGAGCUGCACCCGGAUAUCCGGAGGGGCGCGAAGCCCGAGUUUGUCGGCGAGCGGAACCCCAAGACGGGCGAGGUGGGCGGCCCGAAGAACGAGCCGCUGCGUUGGGGGAGCGAUGGCGCGCGAGGCGAUUGGAGUUAUAACGGCCGAGUGACGGACUUUUGA